AUGGCUGGAAAUAGGAUCCCAAUGGUUCGUGUCUCUGUUUUGCUGGUUUUCCUGGCCAUGUAUUUAUCCACUGGUGCUUCCAAACGAACACUUGCCACCAAUCCAAACCAAUGCGCACUGGAGCUGCCUCACUGUAAGACUUACGGCAAACAUAUCAAUGUGAAAAUUAUCGCCAGAAAUGACUUGGUUGAGCCCAACUUUGAGGAAGAGGUGACCAUUAGCAGUCAACCGCAGUCUCCCCUGAUCUACUUCCUGGAGCAAGCCGCAGAGCUGAACGGUGCUUUCAACUUUUCGGCCACCUACUAUCCAACUCUGGGCUACUUCAUUGAUACAAUCAACGGGGUCAGAGGGUUCAAGGAGAAUAAAACGUUCUGGCACAUAAUUAGCGUUGACCGUCUGGGCAGCCUAGAGUGUGGUUCGUCAAGUUUCAUCCCAAUCAACAAUGAUAUCAUUCUCUUCAAUUUUACUACCUGGGCACAGGCGGGAUUUGAUUACUGA